AUGCGUUGUUUUGUUACAGUUGGAAGUACAGAAUUCGAUGCGCUAAUACAUGCCAUAGUUAAACAGAAAUGUUUGGAAUCAUUAAAUAAAAUUGGUAUCACCGAUUUACUCAUACAAAUGGGCAGAGGUAAAGUAGAGCUUGAGAAAGGCAACCGUUGUGGUAUAAAUAUCGAUUACUAUUGUUACAAAGAUGACAUUUUACAAGAUAUCACAGCAGCAGAUUUGAUAAUUGGACAUGCUGGUGCUGGAACGUGUCUUGAAGUUCUACGAUGUAAGAAACCAUUCGUAGUAGUGGUCAAUGAAGAGUUGAUGGAUAAUCAUCAAUGGGAACUUGCCGAACGCUUAUAUGAAUUAGGUCAUAUUUUCUGCACUAAACCAAACGACCUAGCAGAAAUUAUCAGAUCUCCCGAGAUAUUCAAACGUAAACUAUUUGCGGGGCCUGAUUAUUCAACUUUAGCAAAUGCUAUUCUUCAACGUAUGGGCAUUGAUGAUGCGUAA